GACAUGGAGCGGAUGUGAAAUGUGUUGACUGGCAUCCAACAAAGGGGUUAGUUGUAUCAGGAAGUAAAGAUAGCCAACAGCCCAUCAAGUUCUGGGAUCCAAAGACUGGCCAGAGCCUUGCCACACUACAUGCUCAUAAAAACACAGUGAUGGAGGUGAAGCUGAAUCUGAAUGGCAACUGGCUGCUAACGGCUUCUCGUGACCAUCUCUGUAAGCUCUUUGACAUUCGUAAUCUGAAAGAAGAACUUCAGGUCUUCAGAGGUCAUAAGAAGGAGGCCACAGCUGUGGCCUGGCAUCCUGUUCAUGAAGGGCUGUUCGCCAGUGGAGGAUCUGAUGGCUCUUUGUUGUUCUGGCACGUUGGGGUUGAGAAGGAGGUUGGUGGAAUGGAAAUGGCCCAUGAAGGAAUGAUCUGGAGUCUGGCGUGGCAUCCCCUUGGACACAUUCUCUGUUCAGGCUCAAAUGAUCACACCAGCAAGUUUUGGACUAGAAAUCGUCCUGGAGAUAAAAUGCGAGAUCGUUACAACUUGAAUCUGCUCCCUGGGAUGUCAGAGGAUGGUGUGGAAUAUGCUCCGGGAGAUGAUCUGGAACCCAAUAGUCUUGCAGUUAUUCCUGGGAUGGGAAUACCUGAGCAAUUGAAAAUAGCCAUGGAGCAAGAGCAGAUGGGGAAAGAUGAGUCCAAUGAUAUUGAAAUGACAAUCCCAGGACUGGACUGGGGAAUGGAGGAAGUAAUGCAAAAGGACCAAAAGAAGGUGCCACAGAAAAAAGUGCCCUAUGCAAAACCAAUACCAGCACAGUUUCAGCAGGCCUGGAUGCAGAAUAAAGUUCCUUUGCCUCCUCCACCUGAGCCAUUGAAUGAUAGAAAGGAAGAUAUUAAGCUGGAGGAGAAAAAGAAGACACAGGCAGAGAUUGAACAGGAAAUGGCAGCACUUCAGUACACAAACCCACAACUCUUAGAGCAAUUGAAGAUUGAGAGACUUGCACAAAAGCAAGCUGAGCAAGUGCAGCCACCACCUCCAGGAGGCUCUCUUCACGGACCCCAGCCUUUUCCAGGGCAAGGCCCAAUGUCACAGAUGCCUCAAGGGUUUCAGCAGCCCCUUCCACCUCAACAGAUGCCAAUGAAUAUGCCUCAGAUGGGACCUCCUGGUCCACAAGGACAGUUCAGACCUCCGGGACCCCAAGGACAAAUGGGACCUCAGGGCCCAUUACACCAAGGAGCUGCAGGUCCACAAGGGUUCAUGGGACCACAAGGACCUCCAGGCCCCCAAGGACCUCCGCAAGGAAUGCCACGGCCUCAGGAUUUACAUGGACAUCAAGGAAUGCAGAGACAUCCUGGUCCUCAUGGGCCAAUGGGACCUCCAGGUCCACAGGGUAAUGCUGGCCCACAAGGCCACUUAGGACCACAGGGUCUGCCUGGGUCUCAAACUCAUUUAGGACCCCAGGGUCCACCUGGCCCACAAGGUCACCUGGGUCCUCAAGGUCCCCCUGGUGGUCAAGGAAUGCAAGGGCCACCUGGUCCCCGAGGAAUGCAAGGACCUCUUCCUCAUGGCAUGCAAGGAGCUCCAGGAUCUCAAGGGAUGCAGGGCCCUAUAUCUCAAGGGCCUUUGAUGGGACUUAAUCCAAGAGGGAUGCAGGGUCCACCAGGACCCAGAGAUAACCAGGGACCUAAUCCACAAGGGAUGAUGAUGGGUCAUCCACAAGAAAUGAGAGGUCCUCAUAUGCAAAGUGGUUUACUAGGACAUGGUCCCCAGGAGAUGAGGGGCCUCCAGGGACCCCCACCUCAAGGUACAAUGUUAGGACCGCCACAAGAAUUGCGUGGGCCACCAGGUCCGCAAGGCCAGCAGGGACCUCCACAAGGCUCUUUAGUGGGGCCUCAAGGAAACAUGCAAGGACCUCAGGGACAACCGAAUCCUUCAAGGGGGCCGCACCCUUCCCAGGGCCCUCUGCCUUUCCAGCAGCAGAAAACACCUCUGUUGGGUGAUGGGCCUCGUCCCCCGUUUAAUCAGGAUGGACAGAACCCAGGUCCUCCACCACUGAUACCAGGUCUGGGGCAGCAGGGAGGACAAGGUCGUCUUGGCCCUCACAACCAAGGACCUGGUCUUAAUAAAGGUGACUCCCGUGGUCCACCAAACCAUCACAUGGGCCCUCUCUCAGAUAGAAGGCACGACCAGAACAGUGGUGGUCCUGAUCAUGGGCCUGAGAGAGGGUUGUUUCGAGGUGGCCAGGAGUGGGGUGAUGGUAGAGACAGCAGGGGCAUGCCAGAUAGACGAGGACCUCACCCAGAUUUCCAUGAUGACUUUGAUCGACCAGAUGACUUCCGUGACGACUUCCAUCCAGAUAAGAGAUUCGGCCAUCGAUUACGGGAAUUUGAGGGGAGAGGAGGCCCACCAUUGCAAGAUGAAAAAUGGAGACGAGGUGGACCUGGGCCUCCCUUUCCUCCUGAUCACAGGGAAUUUGAAGGAGGGGGUUCAAACCGUGGGCCUCCUGGUGCUUGGGAAGGACGGAGACCUUCAGAUGAUAGAUAUCCACGGGAUCCUGAGGACGCACGGUUCCGAGGAAGACGGGAUGAGAGCUUCAGAAGAGGAGGACCCUCGAGACAUGAGGGCCGGGGACCCAGGGGGAGAGAUGGCUUUCCUGGCCCUGAAGAUUUUGGGCCAGAUGACGCUUUUGACUCUCCAGAUGAAAACUCAAGAGGAAGGGACCAUGGUGGUCGGGGGCGAGGUCGUGGUGCUCUUAGAGGAGGCCGGAAGGGUUUACUUCCCACUCCAGAUGAAUUUCCACGCUUUGAAGGAGGGCGGAAACCAGAAUCCUGGGAUGGAAACAGAGAACCAGGUCCUCGUCCAGAUCACCCUCCUCAUGAUGGGCAUUCUCCAGCUAACAGAGAACGUUCUUCUUCGCUCCAGGGCAUGGACAUGGCCUCAUUGCCACCACGUAAACGUCCCUGGCAUGAUGGACCAGGGACCUCUGACCACAGAGAAAUGGAUCCUCCAGGUGGACCACCAGAGGAGAGGGGCAAAGGACGAGGAAAUUCAGGACCCUCACAGAGAGCACCAAAAUCUGGGAGGUCUAGUUCUUUAGAUGGAGACCAUCACGAUGGAUUCCACAGGGAUGAAGCUUUUGGUGGAGGCCCUGCAGGAGGCAAUAACCCUUCUCGAGGAGGAAGGAGCGGAAGUAAUUGGGGAAGAGGAAAUAACAUGAACUCUGGUCAAUCAAGAAGAGGAGCAUCUAGGGGUGGUGGAAGAGGCCGAUAGAAGAGGCUUUGACUGGGUCACACCCAGUCCUUCCUGGACAAUAUUUAAAUAGACUGCUACUCUGGACUUACAAAGUAACCCUGCAACACCACAAACCUGGAUUCCUAACUGGGAUAACUGAAUGUGCAUUAGUUCCUAACAAGGGUCUUUUCCUAGAUCAACCAACUGCUACUAGCUGCAAUUUUGUAGCUAGCUUUCUGUUUUGUCCUCUCCACCCGUUUUCCUCACCUUCUUUUUACCUACUUGGUUUUGUGCAGAGCUGGAAUUUUUUUUAAGUGUUGUGAGAUAUGGAGCACCUCCACAGAUUUCAGUUCACCUCCAGAGAGAAACUUGUUUCUAUAUGUACAGUUUGUCAGAAGUUACGUUGUUUUUGUAUGAAUACAGAAUGUAAUUUGCGCAAAAAUUAACAAAA